CUCGCCACUCAUGCGCCGCGAGACUAGACGACCACACGUGCCACCCCACCACAGGAACCCGGGAGCCAGCAUUCGAGCACCGACCGACCUCCGAGACAGUUCCCGACAUGUGCCAGUGACUGACCAGUGAUUAAAAAAAAACUCAAGUGAAGUGACUUUAGCAUCCGUGUGAUGUGCGAUUGAAUAUCAAGAAGUGUUGACCAAAGCUGCAGCCUCAACCGUUAUCAGAAAUAUGGUGAGAGGGGCGGCGAUAGCGCUCGUGCUAGCGCUGGCAUGGGCGUGCGAGGCGCGCGCUAGCGUGCUCGUGCCGACCUACGUGCUGCCGCCCGACUCGUUCGUGCGCGAUCAGCGCAGCCUCGGCCCUCCGCCCGACGCCGACCCCGCUGAGUCGCAGCGAACCAUCAAGCGACUCAUCGGCGGACAUAUCAAGAUCAAACCCGAUAAAGAGUACGGUAACCCCAAGAACUCGAUAGCGUACGACGCCAAGAGCGAGACCGGCAAGUUUGUAGGCGUGGUCGUGCCGGACCAGUCGGGCAGCACCGUAGGAUGGAACCAGGGCAUAUGGGACGAUGGCAUGCUCAUGUCCAGCGCUGGCGAAGGCAAAGAGGCGGUCAAACCCAAAGAGGUGGACGAGGACAAAAAGACGCUCUCCGAUCAGGUGGCCGAAGGGAAAUAUGGUCUCAUUCAGAAUGAAAUUUUCUCUAAAACACCUAAGCGGCCGGGAAUAGUGAGUUACGAGCCAAACGCGGAAACUAGGGAUAAGGAUAAUAUACAGACAUUAGGAGGUCUGAAGAAAGACGAAAUUUGGCUAGCGGAGGACCAUCUAUUAGUGUUGAAAGGUGGUUCCUUCCCGGAGCGAACGAAAGAGACCGCUCGCAGGCCAUGGCCCCCGAUCGACGAUUACGAGGCGCCCAGAAGGCAAGUAAAGCUACCGCAGAAACCAAAAGUGCCACCGCCCUUUCCAGUACGACUCUCCGACGACGGACCGCUCGUCUUCCUCACUCCUAACGGCAGUGUCCCUGCGCCCCAAUUCCCUCCCUACGCUACGCGAGAAGGCGAAGGCCCUCUAUAUCCUCCGCCAUUCCCCUUUGCACCAGGUCCGCCCUACGCCCCGGGUGAAAAUCCGGGAAACACUUCUACCGGGGGAGCGUCGCUGCCAAUUCCUCCGUUCCCAUUCCUACCCGGGAAUGCGAGCGAAGGAGCAUUCCCUUUCCCUCCAUCCAUGAACGGCUCUUUUCCAGAAGGCUUUCCGCCGGGCGCAGCAUUCCUACCACCACCGAGCAACCAGUCCGACCUGUACGACGAAGACGACCCUUCGAUCUACUAUCCGCCGCCUUACAAUUUUUCUUACCGCGCGGACUACAACAAUAGCGUGCCAGCCGGACCAUUAGUACCUGGAAUUAUAUUGCCCCCACCUCCAGACUUCUUUGCUCCUAUGGAAGAUAAAACAACUACGCCAGCAACCAAAUCGACAACUCGACCGACAACCACAUCGACCUACGCCAGGCCAAAACCGACGAUAAAACGGCCGUCGCCGACACCGUCUGUGCAUCGCAACAAGUACAAGACUAGACCUACCACUACUACCACCACUACCACAGAAUACCCAAGGACAACUGAAGUGCCUACCACAAUAACAACGCCGCAGUAUGUUGAAGUAGUCCCGACCCAGAAAUUGAGACCGCAUACUGUUGUGGAGAUACCGAAACGAGUCCCAGUGCGUGUCCAGAAUCUUCCUGAAGAAAUUAACCAAAGACCGAAAACAGAAAAGCCUGUAUACAAAAUCAGGGGUAAGGUUACCUCGAAGCCUUUGUCGGUGUCCGUUAUAUACGACUAUCCCGAUACAUAUGAAAACCCGCCUACUACAACGGAGAAACCUUACAUUGUAUACAAAGUGCCAGAGAAAACUCCCGAUGUGGUCACGGACAAUUUUGUUACAUCGACCCCAGUGCCAUUAAGAGCGUACUAUUCGAACACCCAAAAUAGCAACGUACCGAUCACGAAGCUUCAACCUGUGUACAAUCGAAAGCCAAAUGAAAACGCCUUGGCAUCGUUCUACUUCUAUGACGAACAGCCUAAAACUUCUCCGUCCCCAGCAUCGUUCUUUGAUGGUAGAAACUAUUAUAAAACUGUGCCGACACCGCAGCAACAUCAACAAGCUUUCAAUAACCAACAAUCGUAUAACCCGGCUGUGGACGUAGCUUACGGAGCGAUCGAUCAAGCCGAUGCGUUAUUCUUGUGGCCACAGAAACAAGGCCCCCGUACGCUCACACAGGAAUACUUCAGUAUUCAGAAGCCCGUGUAUGUACAACCACAACAAAAACGGCCCGAGGCGUUCUACCAGCAGAUAGCUGACAUACAGCAGACUAUCGACUUGUUUACAACUAAGAGGCCCAAGCAACACAGACAACACGGCCACAAACCUAAGGCAAUCACCGCGAGACCCGUGCAAGUGCCUGUAUACCAGUUUAGUUAUCAAUCGAAACCGAGACCGGAUCAAUUCAGUUUCCGAGCGCCGAAAUUGGACCCUGAACCUUUUAGACCCAUGGUGAGCUACAGCAAGCCAUUUAAUUUGGAUAACGAGUUUAACGCCAUCACUCCAGCUUCGCCUGUGUCCCACCAGCAAUAUUUAAUAGAAAAUGUGCAAGUGACUACCGAGACACCGACGUCUACAAGAUACUAUCCGAAAACGAAGACCAGAGACGAAGAUUACGAGGACACCCCGAUAAUCAAGGAAGUCAGACCGAAAAACAAUCGAAACCACAUUCCGAUACAAAACGACAAGCCAGCACAACAUCACGUCAGCCACAGAGUUCCCAGCGUGACCCCGAGCCCGAUCAGCCACGGGUACUACACGCAGCAGGACGAGAGAUAUCUGGACGACAUCACUAAGAACUCCUUCGACAUCUUCGGCAAGAAGAUCGAAGACAGUACUCACGACGUCAACGGUUUGGCGGUGACUCCUCCUAUCGGCACGGUUAGGACGCCGAUAGACAACAACAUUAAUCUGAAUUACGCGUAUGAAAUCAUAGAGUCCCAGAGUCCAAAUCCGCCGUCUCUGGACAGAGACACUCUCGUUAACGAGCGUCACCCUCGGCCUCAGAUAAACCCUAACAGCGAGCCUAUAGGGCAUCAUAAUGCCGAGCUGGUACAGCCUCCCAAGCCGCCGUCAUUAGCCGAUGACACUCUAGUGAACGAGCGGCUACCACGUCCGACGAUAAACCCUGACAGCGAGUUUAUCCCGAUACCUAAUCCGGGAUACCGAUCACAGCAGUACAGGGUGCCAUCUCAAGUUCAAAGGCCACAGUACACAGCAGGGGAGCAAUAUGACUUAAACAGACCAUCGUUAGCUGGUGACACGGCGGUUAAUUACAGAAGGCCGCUGCCGCCUAUAAACCCAGAUGCGGAGUGGAUAUCGCCCGUGAACGCGGCAGGGGAAGGCCGGCCGGGUUCUUUCGUGUCGUACCGACUGCCUGGUGAAGGCGCUCACGUGUACUUCCUGACGCCCCAGGCGGCGCAGACGAGGGACCGCGAGAGAUACCGGUCGGCCGGCUACGGACGGUGAAACCAAAGCUCUAGUCUGAAGUUGUAUUGUGUAAAUAAAGCGCAAAUGUGAUGUUAAAGUGUCCUAAGUAGUGUAAGCGAAAGACUAGCGGGCGAACCCGCGUUGCCAUAUUUAGAACGAUUUUUGGACGUGCGUCCUGUUGGACGUUAGCGAUGGUUGGACGCUCGUAAUUAUUUAUUAAAUUAUUUUAAGAGACUGCGGUGCAUGCAUAGUUUGUUAUUUAUUUAUGUCAGUAUUUUCGAAAUGUUAGGAAUGUGUGAUAUGAUAGAUAAGAGUGACAAUGUGAACAUUGUGUUGUAAUUAUGGUGAUGAUUGUUAUUUUUAACAAAUUAAUAACAAAUCAUUGUGAUUUUGUACUGUAUUUUUAAUACAAAGAAUAUAAAAGUAAAAUAAAACAAUGUAAACAU